UAUCGAUAGACCCCUAUUGGCAGCCAUCGAAAAUAGUUUACGCGAGAGGGAAACGGAGUAUCGAAAAGAACGCAAAAAUAAAGGUUAGCUAAAUCCGUGCGACGAAGAUGACCAGUUUCCGCAAGAAGGCAGUCACGAAGCCAAUCCGGGGCACCCGCACCUCGCCGCACACGGCCCAGGUGAUCACCUCCAGCGGCAAUCCGUAUCUGGACGUGGUCAUCGGCGGCGGUCUGCCCAUGAGUUCGAUCUGCCUGAUCGAGGAGGAUCGCUUCAUGACGCACGCCAAGGUGCUGGCCAAGUACUUCCUGGCCGAGGGGGUGCUCUCCAAGCAGGAGAUAUUCCUGGGCAGCCUCGAUGAUAUUCCGGCGGAGAUGCUGCGCCGCCUGCCCAAGCCGCUGACCGAACUGGAAACGGAGGUGGAGCAGCGCGAGGAUCGGGAACAGGGCGCCGGCGGCGGCGGCGCCGAGAACGGGCUGAGGAUCGCCUGGCGGUACAAUGACCUGCCCCUGGUCAAUUCCGAGCAUGCCCAGGCCAAGAUCGGGCAUCACUUCAACCUGAUGGAGCAGAUGGACUCGAUGAUGCUCUACUAUGCCAACACCACCAUGUGGGACGAUAGCCACAAGGAGCCGUUGUGGGAUAUUGUCAUUGCGGAGGAGUUCUCCAAGAGCAGCUCCCCGACCACGGAGAAGCAGCCUGCGGAGGAUGCCCCGCCGAUUCCGGGCGAGGAAACCACUCCGCAGGAAAAGGCUCCACCGCAGGAGGAGGGCUCGGCCAGCAACAACAAUAAUAACAACAACAACAACAACAGCAGCAGCGUCACGAGCAGCACAAAAACCGGCAGCCAGGAGUCGCAAUCGCAGGUCUUCCAUAAUCCUCGAUACGCAGGACUGCUCAACGACAUCCAGCAUUUGUUGCGCGAUGAGAGCUUCGUGGCUGGGACCAAGAAGAACCUGUGCCGCGUCUGCCUGACCUCGCUGGGAUCGCCGCUGUGGUACGACGAGCACUUUGGCGAGGAUCUGAUCAAGUUCCUCACCCUGCUGAUGGCCAGUGUGCGGAACUGCAACGCGGUGUGCCUGAUCACGAUGCCCAUGCACCUGAUUGCCAAGUACGAUGCCAGCCUGGUGCCCAAGAUCCGCCAGCUGGUGGACUAUGCCAUCGAACUGGAGUCUUUCGCGGGCUCGGAACGCGAAACGCAUCCGGCUUUCAAGGAGUACAGCGGCCUGCUCCAUUUGCACAAGAUGUCGGCGCUGAACACGCUGGCCGUCCACAUGCCGGACACCACGGAUCUGGCCUUCAAGUUGCGUCGCAAGAAGUUCGUCAUCGAGAAGUUUCACCUGCCGCCGGAGCUGCAGGAGUCCCCAGCCGCCAAGCCGGACAGCUGCAUCUCCGGUUUGUUGAGCAAUUCCAGUGCCACGGCCUCGCUGGAUUUCUAGCUGUCAGCGGAUGCGGAAUUAGAAACUAAGUGCGCGUAUGUAACCAUGAAACAACAACUAAAUUGCAUAAUAGUAAGCCAAGUAAAUGCAUUAAUAUAUCAGCCCUGA